AUGCCGCCCGAAGAGUCCAAGAUGGCCGAGCCCAUUGUCGACAAGGGCAAACAAGUCGACCAGGGCGAAUCCGAGUCCGAAGAUGACGAGCCUGCCGCCACCACCUCGGCCGCCGACACGCCGGCAGGGACGUCAACUGCUAGCAAAAAGAAGAAGUCGAAGCGCAAGAAGGCCAAGCAGCUCCUGACGGGCAAAUCCGAAGAGCAGAAGCAGGCCGACGAGGUGACAAAGGCCAUAGGGGGCUUGACGCCUCAGCAAAUGAAGGAGCUGGUGUCCCUCAACCCGGGGCUCAUGCAAGAGCUUGCGGCUGCGUCUGGAAGCUCGAACCCGUCCCCCGACCAAGUCGCCAAUAUGCUCAAGAACAUGAACCUCGCCGACAUCAUGACUGGUCUGGCAGCCAGCGGCAAGAAUGUCAAGGACAUGGGUGCGUACAAGUUCUGGCAGACGCAGCCCGUGCCCAAGUUUGGCGAGGAGGGAGCCAAGGUGGAGGACGGCCCAUUGAAGAUGCAAAAGGUCGAGGAUAUCGACAAGGAGCCACAACCUCUGGUGGCUGGGUUCGAGUGGGUGACGGUCGACUUGAUGGAUGACGGAGAAAUAAAGGAGGUGUAUGAGCUGUUGAACGGACACUACGUCGAGGACGACGAGGCCAUGUUCCGCUUCAACUAUAUCCCCGAAGUGCUCAGAUGGGCCAUGAUGGCUCCAGGCUGGCAGCGCAAAUACCACAUUGGUGUGCGAGCGUCGCAGUCCCGCAAGCUGGUGGCCUUCAUCUCCGCCAUCCCCGUGCAAAUUCGCGUGCGCGACAAGACCUUUACGUCGUCCGAGGUCAACUUCCUCUGCGUGCACAAGAAGCUCCGCGGCAAGCGCCUCGCGCCGGUGCUCAUCAAGGAGGUCACCCGCAUCAGCAACCUCGACGGCGUCUGGCAGGGCCUGUACACCGCAGGCGUCGUGCUGCCCCGGCCCGUGAGCACAAGCCGGUACUACCACCGCGCGCUGAACUGGAAAAAGCUGCACGCGUGCGGGUUCAGCCCCCUUCCCGCGGGUAGCAAGCCGGAAUACCAGGUGCGCAAGUACGCGCUGCCGGAAACCACGGCGACAAAGGGCCUGCGCGAAAUGCAAGACAAGGACGUGGAUGCCGUCGUAGGCCUGCUGAAGAGAUACCUGGGGCGGUACAACAUGGCGCCAGAGUUUGCCGCGGAAGAAGCCCGCCACUGGUUUCUGCCCAAGAAGGACUCGAAGCAGGUGAUUUGGUCCUAUGUGGUCGAGGACAAUGGCAAAAUCACCGACUUCUUCUCCUUCUUCUGCGUCGAAUCCUCCAUCAUCAAGAACAACGACGUCCUCCGCGUCGCCUACCUCUUCUACUACGCCAGCGAGGCCGGCCUCAGCGAGCCGUUUGACAAGCCGGCUCUCAAGACUCGUCUCAACGCGCUCAUCAACGACGCCCUGAUCCUCGCCAAGAGGGCCAAGCUGGAUGUGUUCAACGCGCUGUCGCUCAUGGACAACGCGCUGUUCCUGGAGCAGCAAAAGUUUGGCGCCGGCGACGGGCAGCUCCAUUACUACCUGUUCAACUAUCGGGCCAGCCCGAUUUCCGGCGGGGUCAAUGCCAAGAAUCAGCUGGACGAGGAUCAUUUGAGUGGUAUUGGGCUGGUGAUGCCGUAA